GCAAACGGUUUUUUUUUCGAAUGCUGACAUUGCCAUGCAGACAAUUACAAGCCCCACCCCUGUUUUAGAUCUAGGGGAAAACCUGACUCAUAAUUAAUAAAGAAUUAUCUGGCCGGCCAGCACAACAUGUCUAACUUGGCUCCACUAUUGGCAGAUGACUCCCCGUCUAAGAUAAGCGACAGUUACAUCGUUGCUUUCAAAGAUGAGCUCACAGCCGAACAAGUUUCCGCGGCAAUGGAAGCUGUCAGAGAGAUAUUCCGCACAGUAGGGGGGAAGAAUAGUGUCAGCGCAGAGUUCAGCUUUAAAGCCUUCUCUGCUGUCAUGGAUCCAGAUGCUCGCGAUAAAGUGCGAGGGCUACCCAGUGUCAAGUAUGUGGAGUGUGACCAGGUGGCCUCAGCCUCAGCCUUCUAAUAAAAACUGCAGUGCAAGCUUCAUGUUUAUGUAUUAUAAUUAUGUGUGUUGUCGAUCUAGCGUUAUUUUAGAGACAAAAUAAUGUGAUUGAUCUAUAGUUUUAGGAGUUCAUUAAUGUACUCCUGUUUUUUAUCAGGAGCACAUUCUGUAAUGUGCUCCUGUUUUUAAUUUUAUGUAUGUGUGAUCAGGUGAGGUGUUAUGGGUGUGUGCUUCAUUGCGCAUGCGCAUCCAGCCACUCCCCUUUCUUUCAUUAUUGCUACCAGCAGCCUAGCUAAACUCGAUCGUUUCGCUUGCUUGCAAUGAAGCUUCUUAUAGCCGUGGCUCUGUUGGUUGUUGGACUCUCCCCUCGUCCAGGAUCAGGACAGGAGUAUGGAUCAGGCGAUGAUUCUGUUAGACUUGUGCGAGUGGAAUUCUACUACGGCUACUUUGACGUCUCUAUGAACUUUUAUUUUAACAACUUGAUUGAAAAUCCAUUUUUGAGCUACGGCGAUUACUACUACGAUAUGUUUAAUAGUAUGUCAGAAGUACCGUGCUUUAUGAACCAACUUGUUUUCAAAAAUGCAAACACUAAUGAAACCUUCCAGGCUGAAUACCCGGGUAAUUGCCAAUCAUACUUCAGGGAUCUCAUUCAGAUCAGGAUGAAUCCUAGAGAUUAUCUCCGUAUGAUUACCGACGAGUUUAUCAAUGCAACUUCUACUAUGCGCGUGCCCAUGGAAAUGUACACUGUAGAUACGCUUGCAGCUCCCUUGGACAUUCAAAUACAAUCAAACGACACGUUUAGUUGCGACUUUUUCCGGAACACGUACUCAUACAUCAGUAUUAACGAAAUUGAUUAUUGGAUUGAUGACAGGAUCAUUUUGAUACAUUUCGGUGCUUUAAUGGAUGUUUCUAGCGUCGAUCUCAGUGUCGAACUUGCACUGUCUAGCGUACGUCAGUCUCAGGAUGGAAACAACACUGUGGUCCUCACUGGUGUUGAAGUAUUGAACGAGUCGCCUGGUUUAGCACAAUCUGUGGCCAUCAGAAUUUCCACUAGUGAUCGAGCUCUUCUUGUAAGCAAAGGAAUAUGCGUCAGAGACUUUGAUGCUGAGUCUCGGAUUCAGGAUUGUUACUUGAACUUAGAAGAAGGAUUUCUUACAUCGCAUUUUGAGCGCGAGCUUGGCAGCUUUGUUUAUCCAAUAUAUAAUUAUCGAACAACACAAGCAUCUGAGCCAGUGUCGCUGUCUCUUCAGCUGGAGUUCAUUGGUGGGUUAACUAUGGGCCUGUCUCUCAGUCUGGGGCAGCCAUACACAAUGCGAUCAAGUUAUCUAGGAGAGAGGGUCAUCAGUGUGACAUGUAGAAGUGAGGAUACUAGCCAAUAUGUGAACCCCAUGCUGGAUAUUGACAAUGGUGCAGUGUCUAUUCCCGCUAACUACAUCCAGAAUACGCCCAGCUCCAGUAUCAUGACUACACCCCAGGGGAUACUCGAGGCUGGUUUGACAGGCUACUACACAUGCAGCACAGAGGGAGGCUACAUCACCUCUCACAUCCUGCAUCCCUAUUCUUUUCACACAUUUUUCUACCAAGGAGCCUCUGCUACUGCUGAUGUAUAUGACAAUCUUGUACUCAGUUUUGCUCAUGGCGAGUUUUAUGGUUCAGCUACUGAAAAACGACUAUUUGAAGUGUAUGCCAAUGGAUAUUACCUACCCCCCUUUGAGUACCGUUUUGAAAUCAACACCCCAAUACCAUACCACGCUGAGCUGCACAUCAACAGGACCUUGUUUAAUUAUGAGGGAGAGUACUUUAUCAUAUACCAGUACACUAAUCUGCGCCCUAACUUUGUCAUCAACGUCAACGAACCUGAGCUCACUCUCUAUCCACCGGUCCUAACUGUGUUGAACUCUGACCCUCCCGAUACAACCGCCUCUCUCACUUGUACCUCUGACAAUAUAAACGUUCCCGUAGUCUUCCUGGGAAACGACACUGCACUGGGCAUUACACCUACCUACCUAGAUGACACCGGCAGCUCUGUGAGAUUAGACUUUGAACUGGACAAAGACGUCAUUGAGAUGCUAGACGAAUUUGAGUUUAUCUGUGAAGCCAGAGACCCAGAUGAUUACAAUUCCACUGUGUCAACCUCCAGCUCAACCUUUAGGAAAGUACCAUCAGAGACGCUGACUCUGUAUUCUAUCGAGCCUAACAAUCUUGUUAUGAAUGGUGACACGAUUGAUACAACCAGCUCGUUUGAAUGUCUGCGGUAUAUCAAUCCUACAAGAACGGAUCUUGAGACCAUCCCUGCAACGUUGUUGUGGAGACUCAAUCUUCUGGAGUCCAAAGAAGAGAUAGAGUUCAGUUCAGAUGUUAGUGGCGAAGAGUUUAUAGUCACUACACUCGAGAAUAGGAUCACUCUGAAUAUUCUCAGCAGUUUUAGUGGAAGCGUUUCGUGUAUCUAUGGCGAUGCUAUAAUAAAGAUCAACGUUGUCACUGAAGCUUUGGUGGCGGGUGUGGACUUCAUUCCUCCCUUCUUCCCAGAAGAUGGUGUGCCAUUGUUGAAUAGGGACGAUGGUUGUUCACAGAGGAUUUAUUCGAGCACUGGUAUUCCAUUUGGAGCAGAAACACAACAAUACGCUCAUGUCUGCACGAAUGGCAUGCUGACUGUUGGAACUCCACCUCUCUUUCUCGGUACAGCACAAGAACGAUUCCCUACAUCCGAUGUCAGGAUCAGCCAAUCAAAUUUGCUCGCUCCAUUCUGGAACGACCACGAUGGCCGAGACUCCGCCUCUAGCGUAACGUACAGAGUGUAUGGUGGUGCUGCCGGGGAUCCUGAAGGUUUUAUGAGUCCCGUGAGCUCUUUCAUUUCAAGCCAGAUUGAUUCUGACAUCGUUGGCAAGUUUGAGCCCACCUGGAUGCUAGUAGCCUCCUGGAACUAUGUUCCUCCGUACCCCCAUACUGCAACAGAGAGAGGACGAAACUCUUUUGAAGCCAUUAUCAUAACUGAUGGUGUGAUAAGCUUCGCUGUCUACUCCUAUAACUGUGAUGAUCUACAAUGGGGGGAGUCGCAGAAUGGUGACUACUCUACCAUCGGCUACAACAUCAAUCCAGGCUCGUAUUUCGGUAGUGAUAGCAACAAAUUGUCUUCCUUCCACGAUCACCGUCUUUCCAACUUACCCAUGAGUGAGAGGAUUGCAUGUUCCAGUCUCGCUAGAGGAGGACGUUACCAUAACGAGGUGUACUAUAUCGGUCGAUCUAUAAACACCACGCAAUUGGCACGUGCAGAAUGUACCAGCACUAUCAACAACGAUACCGUGUAUAGUGACAUCAUCGAUGGAACCACACUAAGAGAUGGAUGCCCUUGCAACUUGGCACAGGCUUUCAGAGACUUUGCUUUUAGAUCCAUUGAUAUGUAUGAGUUGACUUUGGACCCAGUGUAUAAUAACCAGUUUUGUUUUACUCCAAGCUUCAGUCAGACUGACACCAUUCUCUGCUGCUAUAGACAAAGGAGUGGAUCUCUUAACAAUGCUCGUGGUAUCAGUGGAGUGGUGUCCUACAGUCCUAGGUUCUUCCCAAACCAGUUCCUUGAAACUGAUUACAAGCUGCGAGAUUUAUGCAGCAUAGGAGGAGAAGCAGACACACUGUACAGGACUAGAAGACCUCCAGUUACUUGUACCACUUAUCAACCACCAAGAAGAACCUUCUGUACGGGUGAUCCUCAUCUCACCAACCUUGAUGGAGCUAAGUUCACAUUCAAUGGUUGGGGAGAGUAUAUUCUACUGGAGUUGGUGACUGAUGACACCACUUUCUGGAUCCAAGCUCGUAUGCAACCACUCCCAGAGUCUACUACUAAAGCUACUGAACUAGGUGGUUUCGCUUUCGCUAUGAGCAGGGACACUCCCGUUGAAAUUCGCUUGAGUGCAUCUAGACAGCUAGAGAUUCUAAUCAGAGGAGAAGAUGUGACGGACCAGCUGGUCAGCCUCAACGCUUCUAUAUCCACUGACUUCUACACUGUGUCUCGAAGCAGUUCCAAUUCCAUUCUGGCCACGUUCCCGAAUGGAAUGGGAUUAAUGGUGAAUCUAACAAGCAUGCUGACCUUCACAGUCAUCAUCCCUGAUAAAUACAGAGGACUAACUAGAGGAAUGGUUGGGAACUACAACGGUGAUCAAACUGAUGAUGUCGUAUACAGAAAUGGAACAAUGGUACCUCUCUCCAUGUUCACCUUCAGGCUACUACACCAAGUGGGACUGUCAUGGCAACUGAAUGCUUCAGAGUCUCUCUUCACUUACCCUGAGGGCAGGACUGCUGCAGACUAUGCUGUGCUUGACCACGAUCCACCCUACCUGGAUGAAGUGGUAGCUGCUGCAUCAGCUGAUAUUCUGCUGGUGUGCGGGGAUAAUGUAGAGUGCAUUUUUGACUCUAUGGAAACAGGGGACACUGACAUCGGCCUCGAAACUAUGAACAUGAUUUCUACAAUCGAUAAAGAUGAAGAACUAACAUCUAACUUCCCUCCUCUCAUCUAUGGUCCUGACAGCCUCUAUGUUACACUGGGGGAAGAGGCUGUACUGGUGUUCAAUGUGACUGAUGACAAGGGCAGUAUCAACGUGAUAUUGGUGGAUGGACUGCCAGCUGGGGCCACUCUACUGCCUACCCCUAAGGGCAACUAUACCAUAGAGUACACCUUUAGGUUGGAACUUGAUGAAAUUGCUGAUAUUUCUCUCGUGUUUUUGGCCACUGAUGAUCUGGAUGCUGGGUCAACUCUGGAAGUGCAGAUUGUGAUUUGUGCUUGUGAGAAUAAUGGCAAUUGCACACUGGAGGGAGUGGUGGACCAGAGCACCAGUACUGUCGUCUCCAACUGUGUAUGCCCUCAAGGUUGGGAGGGUGACUUCUGUGAGGUUGACGUCGAUGGUUGUGCCAACUUUGACUGUUUCAUGGGUGUGGAUUGUGUGGACGUCCCUGCUCCAGGAGUGGGGGCAGUGUGUGGUCCAUGCCCUGAGGGAUAUCGUGGAGAUGGGUCAAAGUGCGCCGAUAUCAACGAGUGCAAUAAUACUACGCAUGGUUGUGCUCAACUGUGCGUCAACCAACCAGGAAGCUUUGAGUGUGCCUGUUACCCUGGUUAUGAGCUCUUCGAUAAUACACAAUGUAGAGACAUUGACGAGUGUUCUUUGCUCAAUGGUGGUUGUCAUCACGACUGUACCAACACGAUGGGAGGGUUCGUUUGCAGCUGUGACGAAGGCUACACCAUCAGCACCAACAACAGAACCUGCAAUGUUGACCCGGUAGCGAUGUGUGUUGACGAUAACUGUGCUCAGUCGUGUGUGAGAUUAUUGGAAGUGGAAACAUGCGGCUGUUUCCCUGGUUACGAGCUGGCGUCCAAUGGGAUGGACUGCUCAAAUAUCAAUGAGUGUGAGGAGUCUCCGUGUGAGCAUAUCUGCACUGACUUGGAGGGACUGAGAGGAUACAGGUGUUCCUGUCAAGAGGGAUACCAGCUAUUGCCUGGGGGGAGUUGUACUGAUAUCAACGAGUGUUUGGUGGCAGCUCUGGACAUAUUUGCCGCUGACCUUUGUGAACCCUCCAUGUUCUGUGUGAAUAGUGUGGGUAGCUACAGCUGUGAGUGUCCGGCUGGUACACUACUAGUGGAGGGAGUGUGUCAAGCUGAGGGUUUGAUCACCAUUGCACCACCCGUAACUGUGCCAGAGGAGGCUCUUCCUAAUACUGUUGUCGUGGAGAUUAAUGGAUUCACUCUUUUCACGUUCACUCUUGAGGUACAGAUGCAAUUCAGUGCAGCCACAGCUGAUGCUAUCAAUGUCUACUGUGAGGACAAUGACUGUCCAGUGUCGUACCCUGAGGCAAGAACAUGGAGGAACACACUCACGGCUGACAACCUCUACAUUGCUGAGAUUGCUAGUUCUGGAGAGUCUAGUAUCAGCUUUAACAUGUACGCUCGUUUGGAUGGUGGCUUCCUCAGCGGCAGUGCCUUGGCAACGGCUGUACUGGCUCAUCGUGAUGAGUACACAUCACUUGGUUUUGAAGUGACUGAUGUACGACCAAUCACUGGCACUGAACCAACCCCUAUUCUGACGACUGAACAGAUCAUUGGUAUCGGAGUGGGGGGCGGUCUGGGACUGAUCCUGAUAGUGGUUCUCCUUAUCACCGUCACAUGCUGUUGUGUCAAGCGUCGAUCAAGACUACCCAGUAAGGCCAGGGGCGGUGGUCUAGAGUUCAUCAAUUCUGAUACUGGUUAUGACCUUCAACCUGUAGUCCACGAUGCAGAGGGACAUGAAGAACAAGCCGUGCUAGAGCAGUCAGUUGAGGAGAAGAAAGUGGACCUCAGCUAGAUAAUUAAUUAUUGUUGGACUAUACGUAUAGUUUGUUAUAGAGGUAGUUUUGUUAUAGAGCUAUGACUGAGUAGUGAACAGCUUUUUUUAAACCUCCCAUCCCAUGUUAACGUGCAUAUUAUAUAAUUAUGGGGCUACUCUAAUACAGAGUAUGUG